UUCAUCCAGAAUUAAUAAACCCUGGUUAUUGGUGAAAGUGCAAGAAACAUUUGUUCCAAUACUCUUAGAAAAGAAAAUGAAUUCAGCAGAUGUAACCUUCUCUUUCUCUGAUUUUAAUCUCCUUGAAUCCAUAAAGCAACAUCUUCUAAUUGAUUCAGAUUUUUCUGAAAUUCUUUCGCCUAUGAGUUCAAAUAACGCAUUGCCUGACAGUCCUAGCUCAUGUUUUGGCAGCUCCCCUUCAGCAGAAAAUAGCUUCGAAAUCUCCCUUUGGGAUCAAAACUUUGAGGAAACAAUGCCAAAUCUCGAAAAAAAGUGCGAGUCCGAGGAGGAAACGAAGGGGAAUGUGGCGGCGCGUGAGAAGAACGCGCCGCAAGAUUGGAGGCGGUACAUAGGAGUGAAACGGCGGCCAUGGGGGACGUUUUCAGCGGAGAUGAGAGACCCCGAUAGGAGAGGGGCAAGACUGUGGUUAGGAACUUAUGAAACACCGGAGGAUGCAGCAAUGGCUUACGAUCAAGCCGCUUUCAAAAUCCGCGGCUCGAGAGCUAGGCUAAAUUUUCCUCACUUAAUUGGCUCAAACAUGCCUAAACCGGCUAGAGUUACAGCGAGGCGUAGUCGUACGCGCUCACCCGAGCCAUCGUUUUCUUCGUCCACCUCAUCAUCGGUAAAUGUAACAAGAAAAAGGAAAAUAGAUGUGAUAAAUUCCAUAGCCAAGGUUUGUCAUGGUUGGAACCUCCAGAUGUUACUAUGACUAUAUUUGGAA